GGCUCAGUCUCCAAGAACAAGAACAACACCCAAAUAUGUACUGCGGUAGUGCUUCAGAAUUUGAUCUCAGCCUCUUGGAAUCCAUUCGUCGGCAUCUUCUGGAAGAUGAUUUCGAUACAUUCAUUCCUAGAAAUGCUGCGGGAAACCUAGUGAAAAAUGAGCUACCGGAUGUUGAUGAUGCGAUUAUUGUCGAUCAAUGGAUAAACUUUGAUCAGUUGUCUGAUGCACCGGAGGAGAAGGUCUCUGUUAAUAAUCCGAUAUUCCCCAGCUUCGAAAUAACUUCUCAAAAAUCUACGACUGCGACUGUCGAGAAUCCCCACGCGCCGCCGAAGAAGGUACAUUAUAAGGGAGUAAGGAGAAGGCCGUGGGGGACAUACGCGGCGGAGAUAAGGAAUCUGAAGCGGAAGGGAGCGAGGGUCUGGCUUGGUACUUACGAGACUCCGGAAGAUGCCGCACUCGCUUAUGACAGAGCGGCUUUUAAAAUGCGAGGUUCGAAAGCCAAGCUUAAUUUUCCCCACCUCAUCGGCUUCGAUCAGGUGGCGCUGGUGAGAGUGACCGAUAACAAGCGUAGAGUUCCACAGCCAUCUUUCUCUUCUUGUUCAUCGACUCAGUCUCCGUCAUCGACAUUGACGUUGGACGACCAGACUCCGAAGUCGAAAUGGAGAAAGGAUGAGGUUAACUGUUCGAUUAGAAAUGAAUUUGAACUAGAUGUGUACCAGUUGAUGAUGCCAGCUGAAUUUUGA